AUGGCAAAACAAAGAUUGACGGCAUUAGAUAUACGAGCAAUAAUAACUUUAUGUAAAAAAAAUAUUAUUGGAUGUAUUGUUACAAAUAUUUAUAAUAUUUCUAAUAAAAUUUAUGUUUUAAAAUGUUCAAAAAAAGAACAAAAAUAUUUUUUGUUAGUAGAAGCAGAAAAAAGAUUACAUAUUACUGAAUGGAAAAGAGAGAAAGAUGUGAUGCCAUCUUCUUUUACUAUGAAGUUAAGGAAACAUUUGAGAUCUCGUAAAAUUACUAACAUAACCCAAUUAGGGGGAGAUAGAGUUAUUGACAUUAAAUUUGGAUUUGAUGAUAAAGCGUAUCAUUUAAUUGUAGAAUUAUAUAUUUCUGGAAAUAUUGUACUAACAGAUCAUGAUUAUAAAAUAAUAAAUAUUUUAAAGAAUAUUGAUACCUUUGGUAAAAGUUAUAGUAUUAAUGAAAUAUAUAAUAUAGAAGAGCAUUCUUCCAUAUUACUUUAUAAAAAUUUGAUAUCAACAAAUAAAGAAAAUAUAAAGAAAUGUAUCAGUGAAAUAUUAUUAUAUAAUAACAUAUCAAAAAUAGAGGAUGACAAUUCACAUUCAGCAGAUAUAAUAAAAGAAAAAGAUGAUAGUACAUCUAUAAAGUCUCAAAAUAAUAAUUUGAAAAAUAUGAAUAUUAAACUUAAAAGCAAUUUUCAAAAUGAUAAAAUCCCUAAUGUUAAUGAUAAUUCUAUUAAUGGAAACUGCAUAAAUAAUAAAAAUGAAAAAUAUAUAAAUAUUAAUGAUGAAACUAAUAAAAAGAAAAAAGAUAUAAAAAAAAAUAAUUCACAAGAAGUUAUAUGCAGUAAAAAUAAUUCCUUAGAUAAGUUUAAAUACAAGUCUAAUGAAAAAUCUAAAAUGAAAAAGAACAAUAUAUCAAAAAAUUUUAAAACUUCUAAAUAUCCAGAAAAAAAAUCUUUAAAUGAUGUUAAAAAUAAUUCUAAUAUAAAAAAUGAUAUUGUUAAUAAUAGUAACGAUAAAAGUAAAAAGAUAAAAAAAAUAAAAACGUUGGCAGAUUUAGCAAGUAAAUUAGUUGUAUUUGCUCACAAUGAUUUAAUAAUUCAUGCAUUAAUGGUUAAUGAUAUUAAUCCAUUUGAUUUAUUAGAUAAUUAUCAAUUAAUAGAUAUAACAGAAAUAAUGUAUAAAGUUAUUAAUGAAUGUUUAAAUUUGUUAAAUAUUUUAAGUAAUGAAGAAAAUAUAAUUAAGGGAUAUGGAUUUAUUUUAAAAAAUGAAAAAAAAAAGAAUAAUGAGCAGGGAGGAAAUUCAACAGAAAAUCAUAAAGAGAAUAUUUCAAACAGUAUCAAUGAAAAGAAAAUUUCAACUAUAAGUAAUGAUAAUAGGGACUCAGAUAAAAUGAAAGGAAUAAACAUUUCCGAAAGCAAUGAUGAAAAAAUAAAAAAAAAAAGUGAAUUUUUAGAAGAAAAGAAAGAAUUUGAAAUUUGUGAAUUUUCACCAAUUAUUCUUAGUAAUCAUAAAAGUAAGAUAAAUGAAAACAAAAUGGAUAUUAUAGAAUUUGAUGAUUUUAAUACAUGUGUUGAUACUUAUUUUAGUAGAAUGGAGUUAUCUAAGUAUGAUAAGCAACAAGAAAUAAAUAAAAAUAAAAAUAUGAUUUCUAAAAUGGAUAAAAUUAAAUUAGAUCAUGAAAGAAGAAUUAACCAAUUAGAAAAAGAAGUAAGUAUAUUAAAAAAAAAAAUUACAUUAAUUCAAAUGAAUGAUAGAUUUGUUGAAGAAUCUAUAUUAUUAAUGAGAGCUGCAAUUUCUACAAGUGCAAAUUGGGAAAAAAUAUGGGAUCACAUAAAAAUAUAUAAAAAACAAUGUCAUCCUAUAGCAUCACGUAUUAAUUCAGUAAAUUUUAAUAAUUGUGAAAUGGAAUUAUUGCUAACUGAUUUUGAAAGUGAUAGCAAUAGAGAUAAUGAAGAUAAUUGUGAUUUAAAUAAUCAAAAGAUGGAUAAUUUAAAAAAGUUAGAUAUGAAUAAAAAAAUGGUUUCAGUUACAAUUAACUUAAAUAAUUCAGUUUAUGGAAAUAUUGAAGAUUAUCAAAAAUCUAGAAAAAAAACAGAAGAAAAAAUUAGGAAAACAAGAACAGCAACUGAUUUUGCUGUUAAAAAGGUUGAAAAAAAAAAAAAAGACAAAGAAAAUAAACAAAAAGUAAAACAAAAAACAGUAUGUCAAAUACAGAAAUUAAGAAAAGUAUAUUGGUUUGAAAAAUUUCACUGGUUUACAUCUUCAGAAAAUUAUUUAGUAAUAGCUGGAAGAGAUGCUUUACAAAAUGAAAUUUUAUUUAGAAGAUAUUUUCAGAAAAAUGAUAUUUAUGUUCAUGCAGAUAUUCACGGUGCAGCAUCAUGUAUAAUUAAAAAUCCAUAUAAGGAUAAACCUAUACCAGAAAAAACCCUAGCAGAAGCAGGUCAACUAGCAAUAUGUAGAAGUUCUGCAUGGAAUAAUAAAAUUAUAACAUCUGCUUGGUGGGUUUAUUAUCAUCAAGUUAGUAAAUCUGCACCAACAGGGGAAUAUAUAAAAACAGGAUCUUUUGUAAUAAGAGGUAAAAAAAAUUAUUUACCACAUGCAAAAUUAGAAAUGGGGUUGUGUAUUCUUUUUCACAUUGACAAAAUAUUAGAUGAAAAUAUUGAAGAAAACAACUUAGACAUUACAGAAAAAGUAAUAGAAAAAGAUGAAAUAAAUACAAAUAAAAGUAGUUCAUAUAAAGAUCAAUCUAAAGGUGUUGUAUUGAAUGAAAAAAUAUCUAGUAAUUAUAUUCCUUCCGCAAAUUGCUUAAAUUUAAUUGACAAAAAGAAUGUUUUUGAAAAUAGUGCAAAAGAAAUGUCACAUGAAUACGUUAAUUUUUUGAAAAAAAAUGGAAAGAAAUACAGUUUUUCGGAUAAAAAAAAAGACUUUGUUAAUUCUGAAAAAAAUGAUACUGAAAGUAGUAAUAAUUUUAAUAAAUGUUCAUUUGACAAUAGUAAUAAAAAUUACUACAAUAAUAAUGAGUAUAUGCCUCUACAUUUUAUGAACAAAUGUAAUAUUAAUUUUAUAAAUAGAGAUUUUAGUGAUAAUAAUAAUGAUUACAAUAAUAUUAAAAAUCAUAACAUCCAUUAUAAUAGUACUACUACUACUACUACUACUACUACUACUACUAAUAAUAAUAAUAAUAAUAGUAAUACUCUAAAAAUGCAAAAGGAUAAUACUAAUUAUGCACCCAAUAAGAAUAUUAAAAACUUUCCCAAUUCAUAUAAUUUUAAUUAUCGUUUUCCUAGUUUAAGUAAUAAUAUUUAUUCAAAUAAUAACAAUUUAAAAAAUAAAAAUUUAGUAAUAAGUUUAAAAAAAAAAAAUAAUAGUUUAAGUAAAAAUAAUUUUUAUACAAGUUGUAGUAGUUACAAACUUUUUAUGGAUAACAAGAAAAAAAAUCAAAAUUUUAAAAAAAAUAAUAAAUAUGGAUAUAGUUAUGAAUCAGAAAUACUUUUAAAUAUCUCAAGGAUUUGUGAAAAUCCUAAAUUUAUACAUAAGUGCAUUGAAUCAAGUUUAUUUGAUGAAUAUUAUUCAAAUAAUAAAAAAAAUAAAUAUACUUAUAGAAAAUUUUUUAAUUUUAUUUUAGGAAGAAGUUAUAUAAUGAAUAUAUUAAAUUCUAAUUUUAUACAUAUAUAUGAUAAAAUAUUUUUAAUAUUACAAAAAUUAGGAAUUUUUUAUUAUUAUGAAUAUAAUACUAUUAAAAUAUUAUGUAAAUUUUUUAAUUUAAAUUUAUUUUCUAAUAAAAAAAAUAUUCAAGUAUUUCAUAAGUUUCUUUUAUAUCAUAAAAAUUACCACCAAAAUAUAUGUAAUAAUUGCAAGGGUUUUAAAAAAUAUUAUAAAAGACUUAUUUACGUAAUAUGUAAAUUUUACUUUUGUUUUUUUUUAUUAACAUAUAAAAAAGAGAAAAAUCUUACACCCAUAAAGAGUGUGAAAUUAAUUAAAGAUAUAAGAAAAUUUUGUAUUAUUUUUAAGGAUUUUAAAAAUGCAUUAACAUUCUUUUUUGUCCACAUAAUAGCUUCAAAUAUAAAUAAAUGCUUUAGUGUUAAAAUUUCUUCGAAAAAUACACCAGAUAUACUGAAUAUUUUUAAAAACCAUAAUGUUUUUAAAAAUAUUCAGAAUAACGCAAAAUCAAAUAAUGUUAUUCAAAUAAAUAACACAUUAUUACGUUAUUAUAUGAAGAAAACAUUAAUUGAAAAUCUUGGGAGAAAAACUGAUAUUAAUUUUGAUUAUGUAUAUGAAAAUAAUAGAAAACAUAGCUUCAUGCAAUGCGAAGUAUAUGGAACUCCUGUUACUUUUAAUGAUGAUGAUUUACAUGAAUGUUCUUCUAGUAAGAAGGAAAAAGAAAAUAAUAAUGAAAAAUUAUACUCAUCUAAUAGAUUUAAUAAAAAAAAUACUGAAGAAAAAGAAAAUAAUGAUUCAUUCAUAUAUGAACAAGAUAGUACUUAUAACGUUGAAGAAGAAAAUCCAUUAAAUUUACCAAGAUCCUCCAGAUCAAGUAAGUCUACGGGAUAUGAAGAAUUGGAUGCUAAUAGACUUUUUAAAGAUGUAGUAGAUGAAGAAGUGGACUAUAAAAAUAAUGAGAAGAGACGUGUUAAAAUAAAUAUGAAUAAUAAAAUAAUUGGUGAAGAAGAAGAAAAAAAAAAUGUCUCAUUUAAUUCAGAUAAACUUGAUACAUAUGAUUUUGAGAAAAGAGAAUCUCUAAAUUUAUCAAGGCCUGUUAGAUCACGUAAACCAACAGGUUUUGUAAAAAUGGACGUUAGUAAAUUACUUGAAGAAAUAGGAGAUGAAGAAAAGAAUGAUGAAAAUCAAAAAGUGAAAAUAAAAGUAGACUUUGAUAACAACGAAAGUAUUGAAAAGAAUAAAAAAAAAAUUUCAUUAACUACAGAAGAAGAAGACAUUUAUAUUGAAAAACAAGAAUCUCUAAAUUUACCAAGACCUGUUAGAUCACGUAAACCAACAGGUUUUGUAAAAAUGGACGUUAGUAAAUUACUUAAAAAUAUAGAAGAUGAAGAAAAUUAUGAAAAAGAACAUAUUAAACAAACUUUUAAUAAUAAUUCAAUUGAUAAAGAAAAGAAAAAAGAUGUAUCAUUCACUUCUGAAAAAGAUAAUAUUUAUGUUGAAAAACAAGAAUCUCUAAAUUUACCAAGACCUGUUAGAUCACGUAAACCAACAGGAUAUGUAAAAAUGGACGUUAGUAAAUUACUUAAAAACAUAGAAGAUGAAGAAAAGUAUGAUGAAAAUCAAAAAGUGAAAAUAAAUUUCACCAAUAAUACGGAGGAAAAAGGAAAAAAAAAAAGUGUAUCAUUUAUCUCAGACGAUGAAAACAGUUGUGUUGAAAAACAAGAAUCUUUAAAUCUUCCAAGACCUGUCAGAUCACGUAAACCAACAGGAUAUGUAAAAAUGGAUGUUAGUAAACUACUUAAAAAUAUAGAAGAUGAAGAAAAGUAUGAAAAUGAAGGAGAUUUAAAUAAACAAGAAUCAUUUAAUAGCAGUGAAAAUAAUGAUAAAAAAAAAGUAAGUGUAACAUUUAUCUCAGAAGAUGAAAGCAGUUGUGUUGAAAAACAAGAAUCUUUAAAUAUUCCAAGACCUGCUAGAUCACGUAAACCAACAGGUUUUGUAAAAAUGGAUGUUAGUAAACUACUUAAAAAUAUAGAAGAUGAAGAAAAAAAUGAAAAAGAGCAAAUAAAAGUAACGUUUAACGAAAAUAUUAGUAAUGAAAAAAAAAAAAAAAGUGUUUCCUUUACCUCUGAAGAAGAAAAUAUUCCGUAUGUUGAAAGUCAGGAGUCUAUAAAUAUACCAAGACCAACUAGAUCUCGUAAACCCACAGGUUUAGUAAAAAUAGAUGUUAAUAAACUUCUUGAAGAUAUAGAAGAUGAGGAAGAAAUAUGUAUCCAAAAAAAUUUUAAUAUGGAUACUUGUAAAAAUGAAAUAAAUACAAACAUUAAAGAAAAAAUACAAGAAAAAGGAAGAGGAAAAAUAGAAAAGAAAGAUUAUCAAAAUGUAGAUAACGAGGAUGAUGAAAAAAAAUAUGAAAAUAAAGAUGGGGAUAAUGAAGAUGAAGAAGAAGAAGAAAAAAAUGAUGAUGAUGAAUAUAAAGAAGAAGAAGAAGAAGAAAAAGAAGAAGAAGAGGAAGAGGAAGAGGAAGAGGAAGAGAAAGAGAAAGAGGAAGAGGAAGAAGAAGAAGAAGAAGAAGAUGAUGAUGAAGAUGAAAAUGAAAAUGAAGAAGAUAAUGAUGAAAAUGAAAAUGAAAAUGAAGAAGAUAAUGAUGAAGAUGAAAAUGAAGAAGAUAAUGAUGAAGAUGAAGAUAAAGAAGAAGAAGAGGAAGAUGAAAAUGAAAAUGAAGAAGAUGAAGAAGAUGAUGAAAAUGAAAAUGAAGAAGAUGAUGAAGAUGAAGAUGAAGAAGAUGAUGAAGAUGAUGAAGAUGAAAAUGAAGAAGAUAAUGAUGAAGAUGAAAAUGUAGAAGAUAAUGAUGAAGAUGAAGAUAAAGAAGAAGAGGAAGAGGAAGAAGAAGAAGAAGUAGAUGAUGAAGAUGAAAAUGAAGAAGAAGAGGAAGAAGAAGAAGAAGAUGAUGAAGAUGAAGAUGAAGAUAAAGAAGAAGAGGAAGAAGAAGAAGAUGAUGAAGAUGAAAAUGAAGAAGAAGAAGAUGAUGAAGAUAAAAAUGAAGAAGAAGAUGAUGGUGAAGAUGAAGAUGAAGGUGGAUGUGGUGGUGAAAAUAAAGCUGAAUAUAGUGAAUAUAAAUCAAAUGAAAAUAGGAAAAAGAAAAAUAAAGGUAAAAAAGAUAAAAAUGAACAGGAUAAAGAUAAAACAAACACAGAAGAGAAACAUCAAAAGAAUACAACGGAAUACAUCGAAAAUAAAAAAAAGAAAAAUACAAAAUUAAAACAAAAAAGUUCUUCUAAUAAUGAGUUAAAUGAAGAUUUAAAUAAAAAUAUGAAUGGUCACACAGAAGUAGAAAAACAGAAUAAGAAUGAUAGAAAAAAAAGUUGUGUUCAUUUACUAAGAGGAGCAAAAUCGAAAAAGAAAAGAAUGAAAAAAAAGUAUAAAGAGCAAGUUGAUGAUGAAGAAUCAAGGCAGUUACAUAUGAAAAUAAUUGGAUCCAAGAUGAUGAAACAUGAAAUUGAAAAAGUAAAAACAGAAAAACAUGGAAAUAUAAUAACAGAAAUGAAAAAUAAAUAUAAAAAUGUAAAAGAUGUUAUGGCAAACCUUGAAAAAAUAGAUGAGAACGAUAUGAAAGUAAAAUUAAGUGAAUUGGAAAAAUUGACUAGUUCACCGAAAGAAGGAGAUAAUUUAUCUUUUGCAAUCCCAAUGUGUGCACCUUAUUCAGCUCUUCAAAAUCAUAAAUAUAAAAUAAAAUUAGUUACAGGUAAUACAAAAAAAGGGAAAGUUGCAGAAACAUGUAUUUCUUAUUUUUUAAAAAAUUCCAAUGAUGAAAAAGAAAAAACUUUAAUUAAAAAUAUAUCAAUGGAUGAAUUGGGUAAUUGUAUUAUAACAAAUUCAACACCAUAUAUAACAGGAUUAAAAGUUCCUAAAACUAAUAUGCAAAAAGGAAAGAAAUGUAAAAAGACAAAAUAA